GCUUAGUAUGCGUCGUAGGUCGUCAGCGACCAGUUCAACUUCAGUUUGAGUGCUGGACUGUUUUCGUUGUCUUGUGUGUGCGCAGAUGAUAGCUGCUGUUUUAUCUUGCUGUAAUAGCCAUGGAUAGGGGGAACACUUGGCUGUGAGAAGAAUCUGAAUCGACUUGUUUUGAAAAACUAGGACAUCACCUUUCUCAUCUUUUAAAAUUUAAAUCACCCUGUUCAAAUAAAAAUUGCAACGGACCUCUAACAUUAAAAAAAGAGAAAAAGAAAAUACCUGCACAAAACGGACUUAUACAGCAGACACAUCAUACUGUAACUUUUCGGUAUAAAUAAUGGGGAGCAGGGGGCACUACCGGUACCACUGGCUGAGCCACAAUGUCAAACAGAGUGGCGUGGACGACAUGGUCCUGCUGACAAAGAUCAACGAGGACGCCAUUGUGGAGAACCUCAAGAAGAGAUACAUGGACGACUAUAUCUUUACGUACAUCGGUCCUGUGCUCAUCUCCGUAAACCCUUUCAAGCAGAUGCCGUACUUUGGGGACAAGGAGGUGGAGCUGUACCAGGGUGCGGCCCAGUAUGAGAACCCGCCCCACAUCUACGCCCUUGCUGACAACAUGUACAGAAACAUGAUGAUUGACCGUGAGAACCAAUGCGUGAUCAUCAGUGGUGAAAGUGGGGCUGGAAAGACUGUGGCAGCAAAAUACAUCAUGAGUUACAUCUCCAGAGUGUCCGGCGGGGGGGCCAAGGUCCAGCAUGUCAAAGACAUCAUCCUUCAGUCCAAUCCUCUGCUGGAGGCCUUCGGGAAUGCCAAGACCCUGAGGAAUAACAACUCCAGCAGAUUCGGGAAAUACUUUGAGAUCCAGUUCAGCUCUGGUGGAGAGCCAGACGGGGGGAAAAUCUCCAACUUCCUGCUGGAAAAAUCUCGGGUCGUCAUGAGAAAUCCAGGAGAGAGGAGCUUCCACAUAUUCUAUCAGUUGAUAGAAGGAGCCAGGGAAGACCAGAAGAGUAGUCUCGGAAUCACUGAUUUAGAUUACUACAGCUACCUCAAUCAGUCGGAGUCCUACAAAGUAGAUGAUAUUAAUGACAAGAGCGACUUUCAGGAGACGAUGCAUGCCAUGAGUGUGAUCGGCAUCACGCCAGAGGACCGCGCCCUGGUUCUGCAGAUCGUGGCCGGGGUGCUGCACCUGGGAAACAUCAGCUUCAAGGAGGCGGGGAACUACGCGGCGGUGGAGAGCGAGGAGUUCCUGGCGUUCCCAGCAUUCCUGCUCGGGAUAGAUCAGACCGGCCUGAAGGGGAAGCUGACCAGCCGAACGAUGGACAGCAAAUGGGGCGGCAAGUCCGAGUCCAUCGACGUGACGCUGAACGUGGAGCAGGCGUGCUACACCCGCGACGCGCUCGCCAAGGCCCUGCACGCCCACGUCUUCGACUUCCUGGUGGAGUCUAUCAAUAAAGCCAUGGUGAAGGACCAUCAGGAUUGGAAUAUAGGGGUGUUGGAUAUUUAUGGUUUCGAAAUUUUCCAAAAAAAUGGCUUUGAACAGUUCUGCAUCAACUUUGUGAAUGAGAAACUUCAGCAAAUUUUCAUAGAGCUUACCCUGAAAGCUGAACAGGAAGAGUAUGUGCAGGAAGGCAUCCGAUGGACCCCUAUUGAGUAUUUCAACAACAAGAUUGUGUGUGACCUCAUUGAGACCAAGAAUCCCCCUGGUAUCAUGUGCAUCCUGGAUGAUGUGUGUGCCACCAUGCAUGCAGUGGGGGAGGGAGCCGACCAGACCAUGCUGCAGAAACUAAGAGUCCAGAUCAACUCCCACGAGCACUUCAACAGCUGGAACCAGGGAUUCAUCAUUCACCACUACGCUGGAAAGGUAUCGUACGACUCAGAAGGGUUCUGUGAGAGGAACCGGGACGUCCUGUUCACUGACCUUAUCGAGCUGAUGCAGAGCAGUGAAAUACCUUUCAUCCGGGCUUUGUUCCCAGAGAACCUCAAUGCAGACAAGAAAGGAAGGCCGACGACAGCAGGCAGCAAAAUCAAGAAACAAGCCAAUGACCUUGUAGGGACCUUGAUGAAGUGCACCCCACACUACAUCCGCUGCAUCAAACCAAAUGAGACCAAGAAGCCCAAGGACUGGGAGGAGGGCCGAGUGAAGCAUCAGGUGGAGUACCUGGGGCUGAAGGAGAACAUCCGUGUGCGGCGUGCUGGCUAUGCCUACAGGAGAAUGUUCAAGAAGUUCCUCAACAGGUACGCCAUCUUGACCAAGGAGACGUGGCCGGCGUGGCGCGGGGACGAGAAACAGGGCGUCCUUCACCUCCUGCGGGCCGUCAACAUGGACCAGGACCAGUUCCAGCUGGGACGCACAAAAGUGUUCAUCAAAGCCCCCGAGUCUCUCUUCCUCCUGGAGGAGAUGAGGGAGCGUAAGUUUGACGGCUACGCCAGGAGCAUCCAGAGGGCAUGGCGCAAGUAUGCAGCCCGCAAGAAGUAUGUGCAGAUGAGGGAGGAAGCCUCUGAUCUGGUGCUGAACCGGAAGGAGAGGCGGAGGCACAGCCUGAACAGGAACUUUGUGGGGGAUUACCUGGGCAUGGACGACCGGCCCGAGCUCCGAAAGUUCCUGGCCAAGAGGGAAAAGAUCGACUUCGCCGACAAAGUCACCAAAUACGACCGCCGAUUCAAGGGCAUUAAACGGGACCUCAUCCUGACGCCGAAGUGUGUUUACCUGAUUGGACGGGAGAAAGUGAAGCAGGGCCCAGAGCGAGGUCAGGUGACUGAGGUUUUGAAGAGAAAGAUUGAGGUGGAGAAGAUUCUGGGCCUGUCACUCAGCACCAUGCAGGAUGACUUCCUGGUCCUCCACGAGCAGGAGUACGACAGUCUGCUGGAAUGCGUCUUCAAGACGGAGUUCAUCAGCCUGCUGGCCCGUAGGUUCGAGGAGAAGACCCAGAGGAAACUGCCUCUCAAGUUUAGCACCACACUUGAAGUGAAGCUGAAGAAGGAGAGCUGGGGCCCCUGGAGUGCCGCGGGCACCCGUCAGGUGACCUUCCUGCAGGGCCAGGGAGACCAGGCCAUCUUACAGCCGUCCAAUAAGACGCUGCAGGUCAGCAUUGGGCCGGGCCUGCCCAAGAACACACGUCCCUCUAAAAAGAACUUUGCACUGAGCCAUUCCAGCACCUCCAGACCCCACCAGAACUACCCCACCCGGGCUGCCCCUGGACCCCCUGUUGGCCAUCAGAAUGGGGGAAUGAGGUACACUGACAAUGCUGCCAACUACAGGAACGCCUCUUCGCACCAGCAAACCAAUCACAGGCCUGCCUCAGGCGGCAUGAACCGCCCCUUCCAGCUACCAACUGUUAACAUUGGCCAGUUUAAGGGAAGAAACUCCAAAGCACAGCCCAACCUCGACUGUCUCAGGGUCCCUGAACAGGGCGCUGCUGGAGUCCGCAGGCAGACGGUUAGCAGGCCCGCCCCAGGAGGAGGCCGGCCUAAGCCCGCUCCGAAACCCAAACCACAGAUGCCCCAGUGCAAGGCCCUGUAUGCCUACGACGCCCAGGACACAGACGAGCUUAGCUUCAACGCAGAUGACGUCAUCGACAUCGUCAAGGAAGAUGCCUCAGGAUGGUGGACGGGGAGACUGCGAGGGAAGCAGGGCCUGUUCCCCAACAACUACGUCACCAAGAUCUAGAGCCUCAGCCAGCCCACCUGGACACACCUGGAGACACCUGGGCACCAUGGAGACGCUGAGAGCUGCCAUUCAGAAAGGCACAGAGCGAUGGAAGCAGAGUUCUCCUCUCCUCCUUUGCACCUGAGUGCUGGGUGCUACCGGCUGUCCUGCUCCAUGGUGAAAUGGAAAGACCGGGCUUUGUAGUACAGGACCAACGUGGGGACCUGAAUGACUGGAGAUUCUCCUCCAGAGCGAGUAACAGCUAUACAAUCUCUCUGAGCACUGAACAAACUAUUUAUCAUAAUUAUACUGUAGCUUCCUCUGUUAUUUUUUUUUAUCAUCCUGAAAAUUUAAUUGGAGGGUAACUGAGAUUUUACCUCAGGAGAUGACAUGCACAUAGAUUCUUUAAAAAAAAAUGUUCAUGUCGUUUUUGAAACGAUAACCCUCUAAUUUCAAAUGAAAGGUGGUUGCCUUCUUGAUCACAGAAUUUACAUCUUUAGGCUAAAGUGUCCUCAUUUAAUUCAGUUUUUUUCCCAGUGAAACACUUGCUGCUGAAAUUAAUUUCAUAAAUUGUAUUGCCUGUAUAAAAGCUAGCAUUACCACAAAUAUGUUAUUCCAUACAGUUAAAGUGCGGUUUUGUUUUUUGCAUGACUAAUUCUACACUGGCAGUGACUUACGGGUUGUCACUUCAAAUAUGAGGCUAAUUUUGGUUUACAUUUAUGUUGUGAGUUGGUCCUCAAAAGCUGGAUGUCUUUGUUUAGACUGCUGGGCAAGUAGUAUUAGAAAAUUCAGGAAUACCUUUCAUGGCAAAAAUUCCCACCAACAGUGCACAAUAAGUAUACUCAGGAUGCAUGAUAAUAUCAGGCAACUGUACUGAAGUCUUCUCUAGCGAAAUCACUGCAAGUGCAUCACAAAUGAGUGAAUGAAUGAAGUAUGAUGAAUAAGGGGGGAGGGGGAAGGGUGUUUAAUACGCACUUUAAUAGGCAGGACCUUGGAUUUAUUUUUAAGGACCUGUCGACCCAGAAUAUUGGCAAAGGGUGAAUUUGCCAAAUUUGGUGAAGUGCUACUCACUGAAAUGUUUACAUGAAAAUCGGUAUAUUUUUCUUUCCAUCUAAGAAAUUUUUUUUUCCAUGUUGUCAUGAUAUAUGAUGAAAGGAAUUAUCUAAUGUAUUCAUGAUUUAUGAUCAAAUAAGUCUCUUGUUUUGCUCUUUUUGUUCUGUAGCCUCUGUUCUGGAUUAACCAUGUUGCAUUUGUUUGGCUCAUUUCAUCGCUGCUCUAGAGAGUUGACAGAAGACUGGGUAAUUUAGUGUGUCCAGCUGCCAUCUUAGCAGGGAAAAUAUUUGUUUCAAGUCAGCAGCAGAGAAGACCAAAGCACACCGAACAUGAUUUCUGGGCUGUUUCACAUCAAGUAAAGCUCUGUGUGUGUGUGUGAAAUGCAUAGUCAUCUUGGAUCAUGCUCAGUAGGUAGAACUAAGUGUCCCUUUUGUCUGAAUUUGCAAUCUUCUUAUUUUGUAGCAUAAUCAGAAACCUUGAUCAUUUUCCGUAGCUCAGCUGUUUUAAUUUACCUCAAUGUGUAAAAAUAGAAGGAACAGCAGACCCCUCCCAUUUCCGCUAAGGUGCAGCAGUGUGAGAGCAUCAGUCAUCACAGAACAAGCAGCGAUCAGUAGCCCAGCUGCUACCGGGAUUCAGCUUCAUCACUCUGUCCAAUAUUAGUUAAAAACAUUUCACACUUGUCCUCCAUUCCCACUAUAAAACAAAGGAACAGUGAGAACUCAGCUGGCACACACAGUGAGGGAAAAAAAUGUGUUUGUCACAUCACCAGGACUGGAUCCCGGGAAUUGUUUCAGGAAUUAAUUUUCAAACUGCAGGAAAACCUACUGUGGGUUCCUUACUGUGCCUUUCUCAACCUCAAACAAGUCUCUAACUAGCUUAACUUUUAACUAGCAAUGCACAGUAAUGACUGUUACUUUAAAAGCACGUUUUACUAAUUCAGUAUGUUGAUUUGUGAGAAACUGGGCUGUGGAACUAAAUUUCAUGAAGCAUCAUCGACAGAAGCUUAUUUUGAACUGGAAUUUAGUUCAGCCGUCAUGCUCAGCUUUAAUUUUAAAAAAUGAAAUUCAAAUUUAUGUAUGUUUAGAAACACGGUUAAGGUACCAAUAAUUUGUAUGUGCAUCGUUUGUUUUAAGAAGAGCCCAUAAAAAAUCUCUCCUAGCAACACAACUGUGUGCUACAUCAGACCCCAGCACUAGUCUAAAAUGCAGAGGAAUAACUGAGGAGUCAGAGGAUCCUUGCUCACAUCAGAUAUACCAUCAAUAUAAAUACUGAAAUGCAAAAGAAAACCCACUGAAGUACUGUUAGUGUAUAGUAGAUUAUCAAACGUGCCUUUAGUUGAUAUGGCUGGUCCAUAUUCAGUAUAAAAAUGACUCCUUGUAAUAAUUCCUUAUAUGUGUAACCUGUAUAUAUGAAUGCUUUCAAAAUAUAGACACAUGAAAUCAUUUACUGUGCCGUUUCAGAUUGUUAAAAUUGGACUGGUACGUUGACACUCCAGCAGGUGUGGUGCUUAUGAAAUAAACUUUGUGAAAUCUUACUUCCA